CUCAUUUUUCAGCCAUAAAUAACCCUUUCACCAUCUCUCCUUCAUUUAGACCCAGCGUCUUUCUUCCUCAAUAACUUAUAACUAACAAUGGUGGUAAAGAGAUCUCCAAAGCUAACACAACCCGCAAUGCUGAAGCAAAUCCUCAAGAGAUGUUCGAGCUUGGCCAAGAAUCAAUGCUACGACGAGGAUGGUCUGCCUGUAGACGUACCAAAGGGUCAUUUCGUGGUCUAUGUAGGGGAAAAGAGGAGCCGUUACAUCGUACCCAUAUCCUUCUUGGCUCAUCCUAAGUUCAAGAGCUUGCUUCAACAGGCAGAGGAAGAGUUCGGAUUCAAGCACGACAUGGGACUCACUAUUCCUUGUGAGGAAGUUGUUUUCCGCUCUCUAACAUCCAUGAUCAGAUGAGAAAAAGAGCGUGCCGCUAUAUUCCUUAUGAGGAAGUUGUUUUCCGCUCUAUGUUAAUGUUUUUCGCUACCUUUGGAUGAAUAUUGUAUUCAAAGGUUUUUUUUCCAAAACUAGAAGCCCUUGAGAAAAGAUCCACCUAAAGUGACACUUUUUUACGUGGAUUUAUGUAAACCCUGGUUUUUAGUUUGUUAAUUCUUAAAGUCUAGCCCCUAAGUUUGUGUUA